CGGUUGACGACAACAUUAUGUCAGUUGACUGUAUGUAUCAAGGGAGAGUGAGUACAUGGUAAUGAGUUGAUAAACAAUUAUUGGAUGAGGUAUUUGUGGUAUCCGGAAUAAUGUCGAGACAAGUGGAAACAGGGAAAAUCUGUGAUCUUCGACAAGGCCGCGAUCUUGUGGAUUUAGUUGUCAAGGACGCGUUUUUACCUUGGAAAUCCAAUUCCUGUAAAAUGGAUAGUGACUCCGACUGGGAUAGUCUCUCCGGCGAAGCGGGCCCAACAUCAGAACCAGAACCCACUCCUAGAAACCUGCAACCUACUCCCCCAGCCCUGAGUACCAAUUCCCCAAGACAUGGUAACAGACGCCCUCUCACCCAGGGGGGGUCGAGUUCAAAGCCAAGUUCUCCAGCUAUCAAUAAGGCACCAUCUACAGCACCAAGCAAUCGACCAAGUCAGAUUUAUGGAAAGUCAGGGCCAACCUCAUUUGUUGACAAGGGAAUGGGUGUUACAAAAUUUUCUGAUACUGGUUUAGACAGCAGAAAGAAUAUAGAAUCUCCGGUACUGGGAAAUGGCAAAAACAAAAAGAAAAGUGUCAAGGGAAUAAAUAAUAAUGGACUGGAGCUGAAUGACAUGGAUCUGAGCCCUGCAACAAAUCAACCACCUUACACUGACUUUAAAGAUAUAUCAUCAAUGGGAGAUACUCAACAGAAUGCCAGUAUAUCUGAACAGAAAAAAAGCAAAAAGAAGGAUGCCUACUUUAGAAGUCAAACACCAGACUAUUUCAAGUCAGAUAGAGCAAAUAACUCCUGGGAUGAGCCUGAAGCAUCGGAGGGCCCUGGACUAAUCAGCAUCAGGGGAAUGGCAGAAUCCCCACUGCAACCAGUAGCUCCACCCCCAUCUAACCACAAACAGUUGUCAGCAGGAGGAGUGUUAGGUGAUGUUGCUGUGGAUGCAGAAAAACCUUUAAAGGGUAUUGAUGGUGUGGAGACAUGCUGCGUACCUUACCAGACCACGCCCGGCAUGGGUCAACAGUAUAUAUUUUACCAUGGGAGAAACCAUUUCUUAGAUGUCUCACCUGAAUGGAGAGAGCCUUAUUUGGAUGAUAUUGGAGAAAGGUCAGAACGUUGGAUGAAGUAUUUCUGGCAGGAAUUCUUUGGAGCUUUGGGCCUCAUUGUAGACUUUGCCUUGAUAUUUGUGUUGGAGUUAUUACGGUUUCUGCUACGCAAGGUUGUACUCAGGGUUGUCUCUGGUGUUAUGACCAUAUUUAGUGACCACCUGAUGAAACCAUCCCUCUCAGUAACUUUCAAUAGCUUUAUUCAGCCCCUUUGUGUGUUUACUUGGAACGUUUUCUCAGCUAUGCGAAACGCUGUUAGCCCAUUACUGGAUAUCUCUAGGGAAGUAUCAUCCCAAGUAGCUGGUUUAGUUAGAAGCUUCAGGUUAUUUGAGCUCAAUUGGCAGCCCGUCAUAAAUGGAGACAGUGCUUUGGUAUCUAGGCAGAGAAUCCAGGAAAUAUAGUACAAGGGACGAGCAUUUGUCAGUGUUUAGCAUUAGUCAUUGUGCAGUUGAAGCUGUUAGAAGACCAGGCCAUGGCAAGGGAAAGUCAAGAAAAUCAUUCCAAUAUCCCCCUAAAAAUUAGUCCGCUUAGCAGCCGAUUUUAGUAUCACGCAGUGCGUAUCACAGUGAGCCAAAAAGGGUUUAAAUAUUUUAUAUCCCAGUGACUACACUGAAAAUGCGAAAAGUGUCUUCUUAGCGCGCUGACGUGCACCGGAAUGACGCUACGAGUGCGCGCUGUUAUUUUUGCCAUUCGCAAUUCAUAAAAAUCCAUGCAGCAAUCCAAAGAACGAAAACUACAAGCUCAAAACUUGUAUUCCAACUGAUGGAUUCUCACUUAGACUGUUUUCUUAUUGUUCUGCAGAGUGCUGGAAUAGAAUAUAAAGCAAAAGUUUUCAAUUUUGAAAUGUCUUCUGCGCGCGCUGACGUGCACGGAAAUGACGCCACGAGCGCGCGCUGUUGUGAAGUUUUUUGUCAUUGCUUUUUCUUUCACGUUUCAGGAUAAAUUCUAAAAAAACAUAUCGAUGAUUCUAUAAAUGAAAUAAAGCAUUCUCUCUGUGCCUUCAUAGCGCUUUGAAAAGCUUGGUGUUUGUUUGAGGAGUUAUUGAGCAGGCGAAGAGUGAGUUUUGACUGCACAAAAAUGUUCACAGGACAGAUAUCACUUUGGCUGGACGUUAUCGACUGAUAUUUGCCCUGCGAAAUUGUGCACGUGACCCGUAUUGACCAUUGAUUGCGCUUGAAAAUUCAUCACUGGGGAUAUAAUGUAAGAUAUACGGUACAGAGGAUGUCCGUUGCGUUUAUAGAUAUAAUUAAUUGCAAACAAGGAAAGAAAAAUAAACAGACAAAUGGAUGAAUGAUA